AUGGCCGCCCUAAAGACCCUCAAGAAAGAGCUGCGACAGCGCAUCAAGCUGGUUUUAUCCGAGCUUGAGCCAGAGUCAAUCACGAGCCAGACUUCAAAUGCAGUCGAGACGCUAUUAUCAAUGCCAGAGUACAAGGCAGCGAAGAGAAUAAGCAUCUACCUCUCCAUGCCCUCGGGAGAGAUAUCCACCUCUGGGAUAGUUCACGAUGCGCUCAAGCAAGGCAAAAAGGUCUUCAUUCCGUACACGUACAAGAUGGCGAAUCCAAGAGAAGGACAGCCAAAGUCGAUAAUGGACAUGCUUGAACUAACUUCAAUGAAUGACUUUGCAAGCCUGAAUCCAGACGGUUGGGGGAUUCCGUCGCUGGACAAGGAUUCCAUAUCGCAACGAGAGAACUCUUUCGGAGGGAAAGGAAUCACUGAUGGGAGCUUUGAAGGUUGGAACGAAGCAGACUCGGGACUAGACCUUAUCGUGAUGCCUGGGAUGGCAUUUGAUUCCAGUUUAGGUAGACUAGGUCACGGGAAAGGCUUUUAUGACUUCUUCUUAGAGAGAUGUCAAACGCAUAGCAUGGAAACAACCGCAAGGAAGCCUUUUCUCGUUGGCCUGGCACUGGCAGAGCAGCUUCUACCAGUGAAGGAGUCCGUCCCCAUGGACACAACCGACUGGAGGCUCAACGCCUUGGUAUUGGGUACUGGGAAAUUGCUGCGGAAAGCUGAUCCAUCGUAA